AUGGGAAAAGUCGCCUUCUUCGCUGCAGACGCGGGGGGCUGUGGGCACGGAUCUAGGAGAGGGCACAGAUACAGUAGGGACCUCUGCGUUAUAGAAAAUCUCUCCGCCACCUACACCAGCAAACGGAAUAUGUGUGUGUAUGUAUCUCUCUCCUAUUCCCCCCUCCCUUCUCCUUCCCCUUCCUCCCCAUCUUCCCCUCCCCCAUCCCAUCUCUUUUCAUCUUCCCUCCCUCAUUUCUCCUUCCCCUCCCCUCUUCCCUUCUCCUCCUCCUUUCUCUCCCCUCCUCAACUCCCCGGACCCCUCGCCCUCCCCCUCCUGCCCACGGGCUGCCAGUCACGCCGAGGCCGGGCGCUGGGCCAGGCCGGGCCGGGCCUGGCUGGGCAGGGCUGGAGGCGGAGGGAGCGCGGCGGGGGGCCGGGCUUGGUGGCGCGUGUCCUCGGCGCGGCUAAUCCCGGUGGGGGCAGCCUCCGGGGCGUGUGCAGAGCGGGCGGGCGGGAGCGCGUGCGGGUCCGGGGCGGCAGGCGGAGCCGGGCCAGUGCCUGGGGUCUGGCCGGCGGCGCUCGGCGGCCGUGGCCCAUGUUUUCUUGCUUCUGCUUCAGCCUGCAGGAGAAGUCCUUCAGCAGCCCAGCCGCAGCCGAGUGUGACGAGGACCCUGUGCCUGUUCAUGAGGACCAGCCUGACUGCGCCAGCCUCAGAGAUGAAAAUAAUAAAGAAAAUUACCCUGACAACAUCGCCCUCCUAGAAGAGAGCCAGCAGCAUGUAGAACAGGCCCUGUUCCAUGGAGCAUUGCGAUACACUAUGGGCAACUUCAAGUCUAGAAAACCCAAGUCCAUCAUCAAAGGGGAGCCCGGGAAGGGCCAUGCCGAUAACCAGGUAGGGGAUGCCGCUUUGGGUCUUCUUGUCUUCCUGAGAACUGUGAGUUUUGGUUGUGGCGCCUUCAGGCCAAAGAGGCUGACACCCUUUUAUGUCAUGAUCCCAGUGGUCAUCUGGGUAAGGGAAACUUUAGAGAAGCCAGGGAUGGACUGAGCUUGCUUGUUGUAACCUCCCCUCCAGUAUUGAGGCUCCCAGCCUUGUUCUCACCCUCGAUUCCUCACUCUCACUCAUUGGAUCUAUACAGGGAGCUGCCAUACUUGUUUCAAUCUUGGCAAUCCUUGCUGUAUGGCUCCUUCUUUCCACUCACAGCCACCCUCUGUGUUCAAGCCUUCUCAUCACCUCUUGGCUGAAUAUAUUAAUUAACCUUCUAAUCAGGCUCUCAUCGCAUGCCAGUCCAUCUUUCCCUCAGCAGCCAAAGCGAUCUUCCUAAAGAACAGGUCACCCAAUGGCUCGCCAAGGACUCUGGGUUGGAAACAAAAACUUGCUUCCCAUUCAAGCUCUUUCCAAUCUGCUCCUUCUGACUUUCCAGUCUUUUGAUACUCUAUUCAUCUUCAUAUUCUUUACAGUAAAUCCAUACCCACACAGGGUGCUUCUCUCAUCUCCGUGUCUUUCCCCCAUUCCUGGAAAGUCCUUUCUUUGUAUUUCCACAAUGCCUGGUACAUAGUGGGUGCUGACUAAAUGUUUGCUGAUUGACUGUCAUCAGAUACACAUUUAGAUCCAAUUUCAUUGCUAUGUUCUCUCAACAGCAAUCCUGAAUGGUUUGCCCAAAGUUUGACCCGCCCUUUUGAGCAUAUCAUUUUUUUAAAUGGCGUCUUCUGCUUUGUCCCGAGGCUCUCGAGUUCCCACCUCGACCUUUUUACAUUUGCUUCU